AUGGAUUGUGAUUCCUGUAUUAAAUUCACAGGAAGAUAAUUUUGUGCUAAGAAUAAUGUUGCUGGAAUAUGCUGUACUUCAACUGAGAAUAGAUAACCUUGUAGUACUUCGUUUUCAAAUUGCUCAUCAUAGUUUGGAACAUACAAUAGUGUUACAAUAGAUAAGAAUUAUUUAAAUUUCAUAGUAUGUCCUUACCAAGCCUCUGUAUGUGGAACUGUUUCUACUCCUUAAACUUCUUCAGAUGCAGAAUAUGAUGCAAGGUUUAAGGAUAAUUUUAUCAUUGCAAGAUCCACUCCUACUGUUAUUUCAACUGGGUCUGGCAUUGCUGCCAGCUAAACUUGUGUAUAUGUGAUUGUAAAACAAAGAACUAAGCAAUCACUUGCUCUAAAUAUAACUUUUAUUGCAGGUGCAGAUAUUGCUAUUCAUAGAGGUACGAGACUUUUUACUGCUACUAAAACAAAUUCCUAUCUUCCAACUGCUGUUACAAACUACUAAUUUGAUUCAUUUAGUGAUUCUGAAUACCUAUAUAUCAUAGUCAAAUCUAAAGUAGCUGGUGCCAGCGUAUAAUUUCAAACAUUUUCAUUUAAAGACAAAGAAGUGGUGGUAAUUCCAGGUGAUGGUGGAACAAGUGGUACUACUAGCUCUUCAUCUUCAACGAAUUGGCCUUUAAUUAUUGGAGUAGUAGUAGGAGGUCUUGGCUUCCUAGCUUUACUUGGAUUUCUUAUUUUCUAUCUGAUCAGACAACACAAGAGGAAGCAAGAGUAAUAGCUUGUAGAAGAAUCCAAUGGUGUUAAAAAUAUCAGACAGAAGAAAGCAUAGAAGAAGAAGAUCUUUGAUAAUGACAAGAAUGAUGAUGAUGAAGAUGAUGAAGAAUAUGAUGAUGAAGACGAAGAAGGUGAGCUUAAUAAGAAAUAAGUUCCUGUGAAAGCAAAGAGUGGAGCCCCAGUCCAUCCAGAGGGAAAAGUUUAAAAGUACUCAGCAGGAGCUGGUGCUUAAUAGUAAAUGGAUUUCAUAACCCCUUAAAAUCCUGUACAAAAUUAAUUACCAGGUGUUUCAGGAGCUAAUAAUGGAUUCCCGUAGAUGUCACCAGAAUAAAUGCAAGUAAUGAUGGCUCAAUUCUAGCAAAUGUAGUAAAUGAAUAUGAUGAAUAAUCCGAUGAUGAUGGGAGGUGGAAUGAACCCUAUGAUGAAUCCUAUGAUGAUGAACAAUCCUAUGAUGAUGGGCUAGAUGCCUUAAUAAAUGCCUUAGCAAAAGGCACCAGGCAUGUUUCCUACCAUAAGUAAAGGAGGAGCUGUAGCAGGUCUUCAAGAUAUGCCACUUACAGAAACUGGUGGCUUCGCUAACUUUUAAGCAAAUGUAGUCAGCAACGACAUGAAUUCAACUUCAAAGUCAGGCAAAAAGAAAGGUAAAAAGGGGAAAGGCAAAAAGAAGAAGGAGGUAGAGCAAUCUAUUGUGCUGGAUGACGAGGAGGAUUGA